AUGACUGAUCAAGAGAGCAAUUCAGAAGAUAAACAUAUUAUCACCGCUCUGUACAUUAUAAUCGCUUUGGGCGUGAUUGGAAUCCUUGCAGGAUUGUUAUCGCUGAUUAUUAAGUGGGUUUUUCGACAAAAGAAGGGGAUUAUUCAAGACCACUCGACCAAUGCUUUCGUACGGGAAGAUCAUUUUCCAAGUCCUGAUGAAGAACCUAUUCCUAUUCGACGGAUAUUAGCUCGCUCAAUUCGAGAGACGUGGAACACCCUGCGGGCGCGUUUUACAAAUCGAACCAAACAUAAAGGCAAAUCCAGUCCGACUUUGGGCACCACCGAUAAAUCUCUCGUGUUUUUACAUUGUCCACCCAGUGUUAGUGCCCUAAAUCGUCCACCUUGCAACUGGUUUUGGAACAUGAUGCAAUAUGAUCGGUGUCAGCCGUCACCGGAACCUGAGACAUGCAUCUGUUCGGACUACGGAAAAUAUGCAAAAGAGCCGACUGCUUGGGCCGCACCCAUCGAUCCGGAUGCGGUGAUGCAACGAUACCAUGCAUUGUUACGGUCUUUUAAAAAAUCCGCCUCUCAAGCAGACGAUAAUACGACCGGCCAACUGAACCGAACUUUUGAGCCUGACAGUUAUGUUGACAAAACCUGCUCUGCACUGGACGAAAUAAAUUAUCCGGAGACUACCGCGAAAUUGGAUACAGAUAGGUGUCAUUUCCGCUCUCGCUCAAAUGAGCGAGCUGAUUCUUAUGAAAUAGGGCAGGGUGAUGGCCCAGAUUAUCAAAUAUGUAAGGCUAAACUCAUUGUAGGCAAUAGUUCCUGCCCACUCCAAACGGCGUGCCAUUCCGGCUAUCCGGCCUUGUUGUCCAAGAAGCACGAGGAACAAGCUUCGAGAGAUACUUUUCAUUUGCCCCUAAAAACAUCAGCCGAGUGCAGUUCAACAGGGGCUUGUAUGUCAGCUUUUUCACACACUGUCCUUCAAAGUGACAAGUCUGAACGUUUUGUGGUUUGUGAGCGAGCUGUGAUGUGCCGACCACGUCUACUAGAGACCGAACACACCAGCAUUUAUAGUCGAGGAGACCGGAUAAGCAAUCCGAAUGUGGCCCACUGGAAAAACGGUUCAUCCUCUCAUUCUGUCAGCUCACUGGGCGAGGGGACUGAGACAGUUCUUUCUCAGAACACUUCAAUCAGUCUGAGUUUUCCACCGACCUCGAUCCAAUGGGCAGGGGAUGGGGUACCGAACCAGAUCACAUGA